AUGGAUCCCGCACCGCCAGUUCGCCCGCAGGUCGUACGCGGGCGCAACGCGCUGGUGGGCGCGGCGCUGGUGGCGUUCGUGGGCGGCGUGUAUGCGUACACCAUGCGCGCCGUGGGCGGCUCCGACGACAUCGGCGACGCUGUGCGACGACUGGAGAAGGAGCAGGCGACGAAUGCGACGAAUCCGACGAAGUGCAGGACAGAGGGGUGGUUGAGGCCAGCAUCCGCUCGCCGUCCCUUCCGCUGGGUGCAGAGGGGAGCGCGGGGGCGAAGCGUGGGGGUUGCGAUCCGGAGAAGGCAAGUGCGCUACGCAGUGAUGUGGGCGGACAGCACAGGCUCGCCUCCCCUCAUCGUGUGCCGUGCGGGCCAAGCCACCUAG